AUGGAUUAUAAUAUUAAUUUAAUAACUACUCCAAAAUAAACAGAAUUAGAUAUUUAUUAAUAGACAUUAAAUAUUAGUAUGAAUAGUUCAUUCAAAGACAUAAAAAGAAAAAUGAAAAAUAAAUCUUUACUUCAAUAUAAGUAUUUCUAAAAGUUAGUAGAUAAAAGAUUUCCUAAAAAAGAUAUUCCAUUUACAAUGCUUUUUGUUGAUUAUAUACAAAAAAAGAAAAAAAAACUCGAGAAACUUUAAUAUUAUUACAAAUUCUUGAUAAAAUAUUUAUAUUUAUUUUAAUAUUAAAAAUGUAGUUAGAUUAAUUAAUAACAACAUUUGGUUUGGAUUCUUGUGAUGAAAUACCAUUUCUUAAAUUAUAUGCUAGAAAAUUCAAAAUAUCUCGUCCUUCAUAUAUUGCUUUCCUUAUUGUAUUAUUGGGAUUGGCUUGUAUUAUAUUUGGAAUAGGUAGAGGAUUCUUUAUUAAAAUUAUGA